AUGACUGGAAAUAUCAAGCGAGCUUUUCACGAUGCUCCUCUGGGACAGAUCCAUUACCGUUACAUCUUCACUUCUGCGACAGAAAAGAAAGCCCCAGUUGUCUUCCUACAUCAAUCGGCUUCGUGUGGAUGGUGCUACCAAUCCAUGAUGAAGGACUUCGGGGCAUCAUAUGAUCCAGUUGAAGAUUCAACAAGCACUCGAUACUAUGUCGACAUCUUCAUGGGUCUAUUCCGCCACUUGAGACUUCCAAAGAUGCACCUCGUCGGCCAUCACUCUGGUGCGGCCUUAGCCAUGGAAAUGUCAGCCGUCUACCCCUCCGAAGUCUUUACUUGUGCUCUUUCUGGACCUGCACUAGCAAUUCCAGAAGAGCAGGCCAAAAUGUUCAAGAACUUAGCUAGAGAAUUGAGCAAACCAAAGGAAGAUGGAUCUCACCUUAUGAAAGUGUGGAACUUGAUGAACGGUGAAUUGUACACGGAUCUGGAUAUCAAGAACCAUGAAGUCAUUGACACUUUGAGAGCGUGGAAAGGACGAGAUCAGGCUUAUGCUGUUACGUUUAAGCAGAAUAAGCUUGCGUACUAUGAGAAGAUUACUGUGCUGAUUCUGGCGAUGUGCUCGGAGGAGGAUGUCCUUUGGCCGUGUUUUCAUUACUGCCAAAAAUUGGUGAGUUUGAAAUUGUGCAAAGGGAUUAAGGCAUUGACAGGAAAUGUGCAGCAACCGAAUGCUAGAUGUGAGAUAACGACAAGCAACUUUAUUGAUGAUAGCAAGGAUAUCAAAGGAAGCAUUGCAUAUUAUCAUGUGGACUUCUUAGAAAAGCUGGGAGCGUGA